AUGGUACUUCUUACCUUUGACUUUGCAAGUAAACAGUUUUCUUUCCUUGAUCUUCCGGAUUCUGCUAACCGUGCUGCGGAAUUUUAUACACUGCAUGUUGCCGAGCGGGAUGGGUCGCUUGCAACUAUAAUCUACCCAAAAUUUGCGGAGGAAAAAACUUUUGAAUUGUGGGUGAGAAGUCAUGAUGGUUCGUGGGAGUGGAUAUCCACUUUUUGUGUUCCUGGUGUUCAUAAGCCAUUAGGGUUCUGGACAAAAGAUGAUCUUCUUUUUCGAGGCAAAGGUGAAUAUCUAAUCCUGUAUCACAUUGUCACUCAAGAGGUUAAGCAUCUUAAUAUCUCUGAUGAUCUUCUUCGUCUGGAGUUUGUUCCUUGUGUGGAGAGUGGAUUUCAGCUUGUUGGGAAAUCAGAGUUUGAAAACAAAGAGGUAUAG